GGGUGUAAGAGAAGGUGCACCGCCGACCGCGGGAGGCAAGGUCAAUAUCCGGAUUCGAUUAUACACUGGCCCGUUAAAGUCUGUGAGAGUUCACAAAUAUCGACAAGUUUCGACAUCUUUGCCAUCAGCAUCUCACCACCCUGACUUACAAGGAAGAAGCCGAUACCGUCUGGGCGCAGGCAACCGCAUAACUCCAACGCCUUACCCCGGCCGUGUUCAAGUUCACCGUCGCGCACGGUGAAACUUUCAGUCAACGACAUGAGUAUCGUUUACGGCGAAGAACGGGAAUUAUUCCAGGACGAGAAUUACCCGGAUAUUGACGACCACAUCACUCACGAUUCUCAUGAACAACACCAUUCAGAAACACCACAUGAUACUCAGCAACAACAACUGGAGCAUCCCCUCCAUGACUCUCACCCACAAGCUCAUAACGCCCACCAAACCCACGAAUCUCAUGAACCCCACCACUCUCACGACUCCAAUAACCAUCAAGAACUCACUGAGCAGCACCAUGGCUCACCCGACACUGAUCGCUUCACAAACGCGAAUGAUGUCGUUGUGAGCGAUCUCUCAAGCGACUUGGUGGAAGUUGCCCGAGCCACAUGCAACGCGCAUGCAGCAGCCGCCGCCGCAGGGGCCGCAUUCGGCGCCGUUCAGAGUACGGAUCCGCGACUCAAUAACUACCUCACUGCCUCGGCCCCGGAACCUGAACCUCAGCCGGCACCGGUAUCGGUAGACGUACCAGUUUCGAUCUCACUGACCGUUCAAGCUUCCCUGCCUAUUCAGCUGGCGCAACCAUUGGAACAGCAGCAGCCUCUUAGAGUACACCCACAGCUGGCCCCAGAACUGCGGCAGCAGCUACAACCCUUGACACCAGCCGCUCCGUCGCCGCCUUCACAUCCUCAGGAGCAGUCGCCGACUACGCCAGCACCAUCGGGGAGAAUCAAACCUAUCCCUAAACCAGUUCGUCAGGCUACGAAGAAUGCCGAGGGAAAGUUUGUCUGUAUGUGGCCUGGGUGCGCGGAGGAUGUCAAGGAGUUUGGCCGCAAAUGCGAGUGGAAUAAACACAUGGACAAGCACGACCGUCCAUACAAGUGCGGCGCCGUAGGCUGCGAGAAGCUACCAGGCUUCACCUACUCGGGCGGCCUCCUGCGUCACGAGCGCGAAGUACACGGCAAGCACGGCGGCCCAAAAAACCCUUUGCAUUGUCCACACGAAAGCUGCAAGCGCGCCACCGGCAAGGGGUUCUCCCGCCUAGAGAACCUAAACGAGCAUCUCCGGCGGGUCCACACCCACAACGCGGAUGGUACUACAAACGGGAUAGUAGGGAUGAUGAUAUCAAACGGCGGCGGCCUCAAUGUCGGCGACGAGUCCGACGAGGCCACCAGUGACGACACGUCGCUCGGCGGCGGACAAGCACAAGCACAAGCAGCAGGGCCAGGUCCAGGUCCAUCCCAGCUUUUAUUAAAGCGAAAGCGGCGUCGUGAUGAGGACGGCGUUGGCGGCGGUGAGACGUCGGAGUUACGAGAGGAGAUUAAGCGGCUAAGACAGGAGAACGAGGAGUUAAGAGAGCAGGUGCAGAAGAAUACACAGCAGACGACUCUGCUGGUGCAAAAGCUACAGGCACUCACGGAAGCAAUGUCGCCGAGGAAUAAUAUGGCGCCGACGACGGCUCAGAUGGCGGCGGCGGCGGCGUCGUCGUAUUAGGAAGGCGAUCAGUCGAAUGCCGCCGAUCGAGGAGAUGGGCUUGGUGCCAGGGGGGAUGUCGUACAAGGGGAGCCUGGAUCCCAUCUUGACGCAGGAUUCCCCGGGGUUGCAAAUCC